AACCCGGAAGUAGAUCAGCGACCCUUAAAAACACCGUAGUUCUGGAGAGGUAUUUCACCCAGAUUCUCAGGUUUUCUGUGAAGUUUUUAAAAGUCUGUCCAGCAGCAGAUGGUUCUGUUGGUUUCGGCUUGUUUCUCCUCUUUCUUCCUGUUCGGACUGAUAGCGAAAGUGAAAGACAGCAGCGUUAUAACGUUCAGUCUGGCUGCUGGGAUGAAUCAUUGUAUGGAAAAAAACAACAAAACAUUCAAAUGCCAAGAUGUCCAAACCCCGAUUCAACAUCAAACUAAAUCAUUACACAGUAAUGAAAUUCAGAGAUAAACUCGAUAACUUGUCCAUCUCAGAUUACCAGGGCCUCAGCAGUCCUGGGCUGACCUGCUACCUGAACAGCGUCCUGCAGGUUUUAUUCAUGACUGAAGAGUUUCGGGAAGCAGUAAAAAGAGAUUGGAGUAAAAGUCCAGCAGAAACCAUUGAUUUCCACCUGGGGGAGCUGUUCCAUGCUUUAGAGGGAGACGUGGCCAAAACACACAACAUUAUAAAAACAUUGGGCAUCAAAGACGUUUUCGAACAACGUGACGCUGCUGAGUACUUUGAGAAGAUCCUCUGUCGUACCAAUCCAAACGCCUCUGAGAUAUUCAAAGGUGAGCUGAAUCAUAAAACCACGUGUUUAAACUGCAGGAAGACAAACGAUUCAACAAACUUCUUCUGGGUUUUACCGCUGUCAGUGGGAGACUCAAAGUCCAGAAGCUACAGUGUGCUGAAAGGCUGGAGGAGUUUUUUUCAGCCACAAAGAGUCAGCAAAGAAAACCAGAUGUUCUGCAGUCACUGCAAUCAAAAGCAAGACGCCGACAUUGAGUACGAGAUGAUGCACUGUCCAGAUGUUCUGACGCUGCUGCUGAAGAGGUUCUCCUUUGAUUAUCAGCAGAACUGUUACGUCAAGCUGCACUGCAGAGUCGAUGUGGCCCAGACUUUAGAAGUCAAGAACUGCAGGUACAACCUCUACGCCGUGGUUCAUCACUUCGGUGAUCUGAUGGGAGGUCAUUACACUGCAGACAUCAAAUCCUUUGAAACUGGAAACUGGUACUGCUUCAAUGACAACACUGUUAAAUGUAUCAACGAAGUUUAUGUUAAAUCUGGACAAAACCAAAUAAGAUCAUCGACAGCUUAUCUCCUGAUGUACAAAAUGGUGAGCGGACGGCCCAAGGAGACUGAUGGGAGCGCUCUGGGAGAUCGUUUUGCUCUGUCACCUGAAACUGGAGACGGAUAUGAUGAGGCAAAACCAAGAGACGAUUUCAUCUUUGAAGAUCUCCUAAAAACUGGAAGCCAUAGAGGAGAAAACAUGCGGCAUUUGAAUGGCGAUAUGACCAGAGAUGAUGAGAUCAAGAAGAAACAUUCAAACUCUUCCAGAGGAGGGAAUGAACAAUCAAACCAAAGAACAUCACCAAGGAAACCACGGGGAUUCAUGUGGCUACCAGCAGACACUGAAGCAAAGGAUUCAAAUGAGCAAAUAUGUUAUAACAACACAGAUAAAUCCUCAGAGUGGAUGUUUCAUCAAAGCUCCACCUCUCCUGUUAAAGGUAGAGGAGUGAAUGAGUCCAGGGACAAACUGGGUAACUAUAAUACAAACAAACAUCUUUAUUAUUACAGCCCUACAAAAGAAAGAGAAGAGCCUGGAGGAACCACAGAUGUGAUUUAUAACUGGGAGGAUCCAGAUGUGGCAUCAACUCAAAGAAAUGGCCUGAGAGUUACUAGAAAGACUUAUAACAGUGGUGUUUACUCUUCAGAUUUAUCUAAAAUCCUAGAAAGGGAAAAACCUCACAGUCCAGGCAAGAGGACUCAAACAAAAAAGCAACACUGGAAAUAAAGAACCCAUUCAUUUAAAAUUAAGGUUUGAUUCACAGAAAAAAAAAAAAACUUUUAUAUUUAUUCACGGAGAAACUAAUUAUAAUGUUAGCUGUCUUUGUGUAGCUGCUAAAUGUGACCACUGAGGUCUGACUUCAGUGAUUUUGGUUGUCCUGUUUUCUUUAUCAUUUCAAAUGACGACGUCCUGAUUUAUGUUCAUCAGUUCAACCAAACAUGUGUUAAGAAGAUUAGUUGAUCCAGGAGAACAAACCAUUUCUACAGCAUUAUAUAAAUAAACUAGUUUAAAAGAA